GCAGGUCUGGGGCAUACCUGGGGAAUUCCAAUCAGUCUUCCGGGUGCUCAGGAGCUCCCUUCCUUCUCCCCCCUACCCCAGUGUGAGCCAGGACACAGUGGGACGCUAGGCCACACCCUGCCAGCUCCAGAAGCCCAGGACUGUGACCAGUGCAGCACAGCAAUGGCCAGCCCCCGGUACCCGGUGUCCGUGUGUGCAGCGGCCCUAGUCCAGACAGCGCGGCAUCAGACAUUUGCCUUCUCUGUGUGCUGGUCGGACGGCAGCGACACCUUCGUGCGCAGGAGCUGGGAUGAGUUCAGGAAGCUCCAUAAAAGCCUCAAGGAGACCUUCCCGGUAGAGGCGGGCCUACUGCGGAGAUCCGACCGCGUUCUCCCCAAGCUUCCCGGUGAGGCCGUUAGCGAGGCCGACGCAUCGCUAUUGGUGCACGGGGGGCGCACAGGCCGCGGCCUGGCUCGCCUGCGGCUGCUGGAGACCUAUUCCCAGACGCUGCUGACCGUGGCGGCGCGCGUGUCCCGGAGCCCAGCGCUCAGCAACUUCUUUGCACCGCAACCCCUGGACCUGGAGCCCACGCUGCCAGCCGGCAGUCUGCUGAUCCUGCCAGCUCCCGAAGAGCCCCUAGGCCGCCCGACGGACACCCUGGCCAUCCGUGGCCUGGAGGCUCAGAGCCUGCGCUGCCUGCAGCCCUUCAGCACCCAGGACAUGCAAGGCUGCCCUUUCCACGCACGGGCCUGGGAGGUCCUAGACGUGCUGCUGCGGCACCCCUCAGGCUGGUGGCUGGUGGCGAACGAAGACCAGCAAACAGCAUGGUUUCCUGCUCCGUACCUGGAGGAAGCAGCCCCCGGCCCACAACAGCAGCCCUUAGGGAGCAGUGGGUCUCAGUUCUGCGCUUCCCAAGCCUAUGAGAGCAGCCACGCAGAUGAACUCUCCGUGCCUGCCGGGGCGCGCGUGCGCGUGCUGGAAAUGUCGGAUCGGGGCUGGUGGCUCUGCAGGUUCGGCGGGCGCUGCGGUCUCCUUCCCGCUGUACUGCUGCGACCUGAGGGGCUAGGCGCGCUCCUGAAUGGGUCAGGGCUCCACCGCAAGCAGGACAGUGAAGACGCCAGGGUGGGAGAUCCCCAACGUCCCCCAGAGACCCCCCAAGGCACAACGCUACCCCCUACGGUGCCCACCCACCCUCCGCUCAGCGCCAUUCGUAGCCGCUGCUGUACCAUCACACGCAGGGCGCUGGCACGGAAGGACCCUCUCCAGGGCGAGUGGAGCUCCGCAGAGGGCAGGCCCAAAGCUCCAGACCCCGGGGAUGACCGACGCUAGCCUAGCCGGGCCCCCGCACCACGGCUGUGGGAGGAGUACCUGGGGGUGGGACCUCUGACUGGCGGGGCCAGGAAACCAACCUCCCCCAUGUCCCGAGUAAAGCUC